AUGUCUGCCAAGCUGCCUUCAGAAGCCGCGGUGGCCGCAGAGACGGCACCCUUGCUCGGUGCCAGCACCUCCGAGAACGGCAUCACUGCAAAGCCGAAUGGGAACAAUGGCACCUUUCAGGAACCACAGCAGUCUGGCGAGCCGGCCACGGCGAGCAGUGAGAAUGUGGCCGAGGGUGGCAGUCGGGAUACCCAAGAUCACAGUGGACCAAAGAUCAAGGUCAACAUGGCUACACUGCUCCCGGCUCUUGCUAUUGGUAUUCUACUUGUAGCCAUGGAUCAGACGUUGGUGGUGGCAACUUAUGGAAAGAUUGGGUCUGAUUUGGACGCCCUGAACAGCACCAGCUGGAUUGCCACAUCGUAUUUCUUGACACUCACUACAUUUCAGCCUCUAUACGGAAAGUUGAGCGAUAUAUUUGGACGCAAGGAGUGCCUUUUAUUCUCCUACUCAGUCUUUGGCCUGGGCUGUCUCGGCUGUGGUCUUUCCAAAGAUAUUAUUCAGCUAUGUGUCUCUAGGGGAGUUGCUGGGAUGGGAGGAGGAGGAAUGAACGCAAUUGUGUCGAUUCUCAUGACUGAUUUGGUAUCCUUGAGAGAUCGAGGAGUAUGGCAAGGCUAUAUCAAUGUCGUCUUUGCGGCCGGCAUCGCCAGCGGUGCGCCCCUGGGCGGCUUCAUUGCCGACACGAUUGGUUGGCGAUGGGCCUUUAUCGGCCAGUUCCCCAUUGCCAUUGUUGCCUGGCUGGCCGUUUUCCUGGUGCUCGAUCUGCCCAAGACGGACCACUCGCACUGGGCCGUCAAGUUCAAAAAGAUUGAUUUCCCGGGCGCCAUUACCCUCUCGGGCGCCGUGUUCCUGCUGGCCUUUGGUCUGGACAAUGGUAGCAACGAGGGCUGGGGCGAGCUGAGCACCAUCAUCCCGUUGGCGCUCGCCCCGGUCCUUUUCGCGGCUUUCAUUCUCAUCGAGAACAAGUGGGCGUCUAAUCCCUUUGCACCUGGCCACGUGAUUCUGGAUCCUCCAGUGCUGGCCGCCUACGGCGCAAACUUCUUUGGACUUGCUGCGCAGAUGGGAGCCUGGUUCUUUGUGGCUCUCUUUUACCAGGGCGCCCUGGCACUUACAGCGUCCGAGUCUGGCCUCAUGUUCCUGCCGGGCACCGUCUCGGGUCUCAUUGGCUCACUGGGAGGCGGCUUGAUCAUGAGACGUACCGGCAAGUACUACUGGCUGACUCUCAUUGGCUACGGCAUCUUGUGCCUGAGUCUGGUCCUCAUUGCCCUGUUCACCGGUAUUGUGUCAAAAUCUCUGAUUGGCGUUCUCGUGGCCAUGGUGUUGCUCGCCCUCGGCGCAUCCAUUUCCAUCACCACGACGCUCAUUGCCAUCAUAUCCAACACGGCGCCCGAGGACAUGGCCGUAGCUGUCGCCUGCUCGUACCUCUUCCGAUCCCUGGGUACCAUUAUCGGCAUCAGUGUUUCCACGGCCGUGUUGCAGCAGGUUCUCAAAACCGAAUUGGCGCUCCGUUUGAGCGACAGCAGCGCCGAGGAGAUUGCCGAGCGCGUCAGAGAGUCUCUCGAUUACAUCCGGGAGCUGCCCAUCGACGUGGCCAACGUGGUGCGGGACUGCUAUGCUGUUGCGACUUCCUGGGCAUGUCUCCCGGCCAUGAUCUUUAUCGUCUUGUGCUUGAUAUCAAGUGCAUUCAUUCGUGAGAAGAAGCUGGAUCGAUAA